UCUGAGAACAUAUAGUCAUGUAUAAAAUCAUCUAUUGUUAAUCCUAGCCAACUUUAUACUCCUUGAACUUGUACUCAUGAUUUGGAUAGAUUCUUUCUUUCGUUUCUCUUGUUAAAACUACAGAUACAUUAUUUAUAAGUAAAGAACUUGUACAAUACUUUCUAAAAUUUGAACAGAAAAUGCAAAGGAGAAUUACCAAAGAAUGAGAAGUGGACAUGAAACUUCCAUAUUGAAUUGAAUCAGCUCCAAAGUUCCAAUUUUUCCUUUGUUCCAUGACGGAGAGCAGCUUCCAGAAAUACAAUGUUGAAAAUCCUCCUGCAACCAUUGUACCAAAACUCAUUUCCCCCUUCUUCUUACGCACCUAUUUUCCAGUACUUGAUUGCCAAGAAUUGCCUCAAACUUGGCCAACAAGUUCACGCUCACUUGGCCGUUCGAGGGAUUUAUCCCAAUGGAUUAGUCGCAGCGAAAAUGGUCGCUAUGUAUGCCAGCUCCGGUGAAAUCGACUCCGCCUCACGUAUUUUCGAUAAUGCCACUGAACACUCUUCGCUUCUGUAUAAUGCCAUGAUUCGAGCACUUACCCUUUAUGGGCUUACCGAAAGAACAAUACAGAUUUACUUCCAAAUGCAUUCUUUGGGUUUGCGUGGUGACAAUUUUACUUUUCCCUUUGUGUUUAAGUCAUGUGCUGACUUGUGUGAUAUUUGGUUGGGGAAAUGUGUUCAUGGCUCAAUAUUGAGAUGUGGGUUCGUGUUUGAUAUUUAUGUUGGCACUUCUUUGAUUGAUAUGUACGUUAAGUGUGGUGAUUUGAUUGAGGCUCGUAAACAGUUUGAUGAAAUGCCCGUGAGAGAUGUAUCGUCUUGGAAUGCAUUAAUUGCUGGUUAUAUGAAGGAUGGGUUAUUCAAAUACGCUGAGGAGUUGUUUGAGAAAAUGCCAACUCGGAAUAUAGUGUCGUGGACAGCAAUGAUUUCUGGAUAUGCUCAGAAUGGUUUAGCUGAUAAGUCGCUGCGAUUGUUUGAUAAGAUGUUGGAUCGUGACUCGGAGGUGAGGCCUAAUUGGGUGACGAUUAUGAGUGUCUUACCUGCAUGUGUGCAUUCUGCUGAACUAGAACGUGGGAGGAAGAUACAUAGUUUUGCUAGAGAGACCGGAUUGGAGAAGAAUCCUUCGGUGCAAACAGCUCUUAUAGCCAUGUAUGCGAAAUGUGGCAGUCUGGUUGAUGCUCGUUUGUGUUUCGAUCAGAUGAACCAGAAGGAGAAGAAGUUGGUUGCUUGGAAUACAAUGAUUUCUGCUUACGCAUCCCAUGGUUGUGGGCAGGAAGCUAUUUCAACGUUUGAGGAUAUGAUACGAGCUGGUGUACAGCCUGAUGGAAUUACAUUUACAGGCUUGUUAUCAGGUUGCAGCCACUCGGGUCUUGUGGAUGUUGGACUAAGAUAUUUUGAUUGUAUGAGUUCCGUUUACUUUGUGGAGCCGGGACAUGAUCAUUAUGCUUGUGUGGUUGAUCUUCUUGGUCGUGCUGGACGAUUGGUGGAUGCAUAUAACCUCAUUUCUCAAAUGCCAAUGGCAGCAGGACCAAGCAUUUGGGGUUCGUUAUUAGCUGCUGGUCGAAGCCAUCGCAACUUAGAAAUUGCAGAAUUAGCAGCUAAAAAGUUAUUUAUCUUGGAACCAGACAACAGUGGGAAUUAUGUGGUGCUCUCAAAUAUGUAUGCAGAAGCUGGGAUGUGGGAGGAAGUGAACGACUUGAGGAUCCAACUGAAAUCACAGCGUAUUAUGAAGAAUCCCGGAUGUAGUUGGAUUGAAUUUGAAGGAAAGGCCCAUUUAUUCCUUGGAGGAGAUACAUCUCAUCCACAGGCAGAACAAAUAUACAUGUUUUUAGAGGCACUGCCUGCCAAGAUAAGAGCGGCUGGUUACAUUCCAGAUACUACUUUUGCUUUGCAUGAUGUGAGUGAAGAGGAGAAAGAGCAAAAUCUGAGUAGUCACAGUGAGAGGCUGGCCAUUGCCUUUGGCAUUCUUAAUACAAGCCCAGAUACAGUUCUCCGAGUGACAAAGAAUCUUAGAAUCUGUGGAGACUGUCAUACUGUUAUAAAACUUAUCUCAAAAAUAUAUGAAAGAGAGAUCAUUGUAAGGGAUGUGAAUCGGUUUCAUCAUUUCAAAGAUGGGUGCUGUUCCUGCAGAGACUACUGGUGACCGAAAAAGAAGAUGUAGUUUAUUGAUACCUCUAAUUUAUCUGUUCAAGAGUCAGGAUCAAUUAACAAACUCAGUCCAGGAAUUCCUGAAGUUUCUAUGAAUGACCAUGUCCAAGGCUACCAACUGUAAGAUCUACCUUGUUCACUGUCCAGGCUUGGGAGGAAAUGAUUAAAACCACAGUGGCAAUGAAUUUAUUUGUAACAAGCUGUCUCCUCACUGAACUAUCAUCAUUGCUGAAUAACAAGCCUCAAGAUGGUGGUUUGUUUUAUGGAGAUUUUUGAUGUUUGAGGGUGAAGUAUCCUUCCUGGAGAAGCCAUUUAAAAUCUCACAACUGUGGUGGGAGAAGAUAGACUUUAUCGUAGUUUAUCGUAUAUCAAGUUUGAAAUCGCCAUUGUUGCUGAGAACCAAUAUUAGGAACCUGAUCUCGAGGAUGUUAUUCACUGUCACAAGAAGCUCCAUACAGCAAGAGCCAAUAAACCAUUAGACCUGGUCUUCUGGCCUUGCGGUAUAGUAAUGCUCUUGGUUACCUCAAGAAAAGAGAGAGGUUGAACGUCUUCGAAUCAAUUUGUUAACCAACAUAUUGUACUUACUAUAAGUAUUAAAUUCAACAAUUCCUCAAAAUGAAAAAGAUUAUAUGGAAUGUUCAUUAAGUUACCGGAAAUAUGAGAAUGCAAGUCCGCAGGAACUGAAUUUUGUUUAAGCUUUUGAAGGUUUUGACUAUCAUUGAGUAUUGCUUCCUAACAUAUGC